CUCUAACCGGGGGCGAAGACGCAUGGUCCAGUGCAACCUCUCACGAUUUUUCCCCCAAAACCCUCAAUCGUCCUCGCCCUCGAUCUCGCUCUCGCCCAUCUCCCCCGGAGUUAUCCCCUCAAUUGAGCCACCACCAGCCAUUCAAAAUGCUCAUUCAACUCUCCAGGGCUUCGCGCGCUCGCUCCGCUGUUGCGGCUGUUUCUCGUGUCGCCAGACCCAAUGCCGUUCAGGUGAGGGGCUUCAUUGCUCCCACUGUCUCCCGGAAAGCCGACUUCGUCCAGGAGCUUUAUCUGAAGGAGCUCAAGGCCUACAAGAUCCCCGCCGUCAAGGAGUCCGAUGCUGAGGGCAACGUCCAGACAUUCAACGUCCCCAAGACACCUGCCUCCCCCGAGGAGACCGACCUCGCCGGCAACCUGAAGGAGUACGAGAGCAUGGCCGUUGAGAUUGAGGGCCAGGACAGCUCUGCCCAGUCCGGUACCCCCGAGGUUGCCGACUGGCUUGAGGCUGAGGAGGAGGAUGAGGCUCACCACUAAAGCGUUUUUCUUACCUUUGGGAACACAUAGACUAUCCUGACUGCAGCACAUUUUGGGGGUCAUUUCUCACCGCCCAGCCGCCGUUUCAUGGGAAUAGCAAAAAGAGGGAGGCUGACACCAACUCACCCCCGAGAAGAAGAGCCGGAGCGAUCAAGGAGAAAGCAGAAGCAGAAGCAAGUGGAUUGGGGAUAAGAAUCCUGUGUACAUUUUCCUAAAAUUCAGCCUUUUUUUCGGUUGCCCGUAGGAACUAAUUGCGAAAUGCAAACGUCAAAUGAAGCACACGCAACUUGUUAUAA